AAUUACAAUCCUCUCCCUGUUGCUGGUCACUGGUGAGUUCUAGAAGGGCAAGUACAUUUUCUGGUUUCUCUUCAAGUUAGCCUUCUCUCUUCAAUUCUCUUCAACCUUGCUUCUUUUACGCUUCUUCUUAUGGAUCUAUAGUAAACAAUUCUCCGUAGUCCAGGCUUGAGUUACAACACAAGAAUCAAAAAAUAAAACUGCAUAAGAAAUCAAGAAAUCAUCCAGUUUCGCAAACCCUAGAACGACUUCCACAAAUGGGUUUUCUUCAAAUCGUAUAGAGGGCUUUGAAGUUGCAGCGAUUUACAGAGGUAGGAGGUUUAGGGUUCUUCAGUGAUGGCGAAACCAAAUUCCCAAAAACAAGCUUUAAUUGGAAACUUUUUCAAAAGAAAAUACGAAGAAAUUAAUGAUGAUGAUACAAUUCCGAAUGAAACAACUCCUCCGAAUGUUGACGUUGAUUCAAGUCCGACUGUUGAUAAUGAUAAUAUCCAAGCAAAUGAUGUGGAUGCAAGUCCGAAUGUUGAAAAUGAUAAUCCUACAACUUCAAUUCCAACAACACGAGGUAUUAUUGAUUUGAAUGAUCUUCCCACGGAUCCAUUUGAUAGGCCACCUAUUGCUAGUUAUCACCCAAAUCAAAUAGAUGACAUGGUCGUAUCUUGUUAAAGGGGCUUUCCAACCGCGUAGUCAUAAGUUUCCUGUUAAAGACUGUUAUGGAAAAAAAAGAUGUUUUGUUGUUAGUUGGUUUAAUAAUUGUAGUUGGUUAGAGUAUAGCAUCAAAGCAGACAAAGUAUAUUGUCUAUAUUGUUACUUGUUUAAAGAAGAUGUUGGUAAUCAAGGCGGAAGAGAUACGUGGUCUUCUAGUUCUAAAGGCUUUAGUGAUUGGAGUAAAAAGGGGUCAUUAAAGGAACAUGUUGGGAAUGUUGAUAGUCAUCAUUCAAAGGCGGCACAAAAAUGUCACUAUCUCAUGAAUCAAAAGAAACAUAUGGAUGAGAAUAUGAAGAAGUUGACUAAAGAAGAAAUGAUUGCAAAUUAUUAUCGAUUACUAGGUUCUGUUAUGAGUGCUAGAUUCUGUUUAGAAAACUCUUUACCCUUUCGUGGCCAUGAUGAGUCGGAAGAAUCUAAUUCUCAAGGUAUGUUUCUUUCGGUGUUAAACUUGAUUAGUACUAACCACCCGGAAAUUGGAAAGUACACAUUAGGGAAUGCGAAAAAGAACAAUAAAUUGACAUCGCCAAAGAUACAAAAGGAGAUUAUUGAAUGCUUUUCAAAGGAAGUAACAAAAAGCAUUUGUGCACAAAUUAAAGAUGAUGUGUUUGGGUUGUUGGUAGAUGAAUCCAGUGAUGUUUCUUUGGAGGAGCAAAUGGCUGUAGUUGUUAGAUAUGUUGAUAUACUUGGUGCUGUUAGAGAGAGUUUUAUCAGAAUUGUUCAUGUGAAAGACACGGCUUCUACAACUCUUAAACAAGCCAUUGAUGAUUUAUUAGCAAGCAACCAGUUGAGCAUAAAACAAGUGAGAGGCCAAGGUUAUGAUGGUGCAAGCAACAUGCGGGGGGAAUUUAAUGGGUUAAAAGCGUUGAUUUUGAAAGAUAACCCGUCUGCACAUUACAUCCAUUGUUUUGCUCAUCAACUUCAGUUGGUUAUAGUCGCUGUUGCAAAAAAACAUGCCGGUGUGAAAACUUUCUAUGAAUUCCUUUCCAUGGUUGUCACUAGAGUUUCAGCUUCUUGCAAACGAAAAGAUAUGUUAAGGGAGGAAAAAAAAGGCGAGAGUGGAAAAAGAGAUACUUGAAGGUGAAAUUAAAACGGGUAAAGGAUUAAACCAAGAGGUUUCCCUAGCACGAGCCGGUGAUACGCGAUGGGGUUCACAUCAUAGAACCAUCAUCAGUUUGCUUAGAUUGUUUCCGGAAGUUGUUACCGUACUUCAAUAUGUUAAAGAAGAUGGAGAUUGCAGUCAACAACGGACAAAUGCAAAAGGUAUUCUAUCCUAUUUUAAAAAACUCGAGUUUGUUUUUUAUAUGCAUUUGAUGGGAGAUAUAUUAAGUUACACAAAUGCUCUUUCAAAACACCUUCAACAAAAAGGUAAAGAUUUAUUAGAAGCGGCCAACUUGAUAAAUGGUACAAAACGAGCAUUAAAUGAUUUAAGACAAAAUGGGUUUGAGCCGAUGUUG